CGUUUCAAGUAAAACAAAUCUCAUCGCAUCUCUUCCUCCUUCAAGCUCUCCUCUUCUUUCCUCUCUUAUUUUCUUUUUGUCAGAAAUCUUUGCGCCUCUCUUCCGAGCACAACUUCUCUCUUUCUCUCGCUAUCUAUCAUCCUUUUCUUCUUGCGUCCCUUUUCAGUUCCUGCUCAAGCUUCUUGUGACGGCUCCAUAUUAAUUAUGUUUUGUUUUUCCUCUUUUUCGGCGUGAAACUAUGGAUUUUGAAUAUCAUGAGUAUAGGUGUAUAUAACAAAUUCAAGAGGAGUGCAGCUCUUCACCUGUAGAUGGCUGCCUGCUUCAUCUUCUCCUAAAGCUCUUGUUUUCCUCUGCCAUGGGUAUGGCAUGGAGUGCAGUCAUUACAUGAAAGAAUGUGGAGUCAGGCUAGCGCGUGCCAGAUACGCGGUGUUUGGAAUUGACUAUGAAGGCCAUGGACGGUCCUCUGGUUCUCGUUGUUACAUCAAGAAGUUUGAAAACAUUGUCAACGAUUGCAAUGAAUUUUUCAAGUCAGUCUGUGUGGAGAAAGAUUACAGUGACAAGGGCAGGUUCCUGUAUGGGGAGUCCAUGGGAGGUGCAGUGGCCUUGUUACUGCACAAGAAGGAACCCUUUUUCUAUAAUGGUGCUGUUCUUGUUGCCCCAAUGUGUAAGAUAUCAGAGGAGUUGAAACCACAUCCGGUGGUUGUCAAUAUAUUGACUAGUUUUGAGGAGAUUAUACCAAAAUGGAAAAUAGUCCCAACAAAAGAUGUCAUUGACUCAGCAUUCAGAGAUCCUGCCAAGCGAGAAGAGAUAAGGAACAACAAGUUGAUAUACCAGGACAAGCCAAGGCUGAAAACUGCCCUGGAGAUGCUCAGAACUAGCAUGAGCCUGGAACAGAGUUUAAAUCAGGUGAGACUACCAUUCUUCGUGCUGCACGGUGAUGCAGAUGCAGUGACAGAUCCAGAAAUAAGUAAGGCCUUGUACGAGCAAGCCAGCAGUAAAGACAAGACCAUGAAACUGUACCCUGGAAUGUGGCAUGGAUUGACAGCAGGAGAGACCAAUGAGAAUGUGGAUAUCGUAUUCGCUGAUAUCAUAGCUUGGCUUCAGAAGCACACCCACGAUCUUGUCGCUGAACUCAUUAUUGAACCCUUUAACAAAUGCAUAGAGAGACUUGAAUUUCCUACGCCAGUAAGUAAUAAGCAGCGUCGGAGAAAACAAUCAUCGCACAGGAGUUACCUCUGCGGACUUAAGGAGCCGCGCACGCUCCACUCGGUUUAGUUGUUAGCCUAGUUAUUUCUACCGCCCUUAGCUUAAUGCCUAACCGUUAAAUAUAA